ACAACCCCCAUCAAAACCAGAGCUUUUCUCUUCGUAAUCUCUCACAGAAACUCGCGUCGGAUCGUUUCCAAUGGAGUGGGUUCGUGGAGAAACAAUCGGAUACGGAACUUUUUCCACUGUCAGUCUAGCGACGCCGUUAAACAUCGGCGAACUUCCAGCUCUUAUGGCCGUGAAAUCGUCGGAUUCAUACGGCGCCGACGCAAUCGCGAACGAGAAAUCAGUGUUGGAUUCACUCGGAGAUUGCUCCGAGAUCGUACGGUGUUUCGGCGAGGAUCAAACGGUGGAGAAAGGCGAGAAAUUUUACAACUUGCUAUUGGAGUACGCUUCGAGAGGAAGCUUGGCGACUCAACUGAAGAAACUAAACGGUGAGGGUUUACCGGAAUCCACCGUGCGCCGUCACACUGGAUCCGUGCUCCGUGGGUUACGUCACAUCCACUCGAACGGGUUCGCUCACUGCGAUAUUAAACUCGGGAAUAUUCUGUUAUUCGGCGACGGCGCCGUUAAGAUUGCGGAUUUCGGUUUGGCGAGGAGGAUUAACGGAGAAUUAACGGCGUCGAAAGAAGGAGUGGAGAUUAGAGGGACGCCGUUAAAUAUGGCGCCGGAAUCCGUUAACGAUAACGAGUACGGAUCAGCGGCUGAUGUGUGGGCGUUAGGAUGCGCCGUAGUUGAGAUGUUUAGCGGGAAAACGGCAUGGAGUGUUAAAGAAGGGUCAAACUACAUGUCGCUUUUGUUACGAAUCGGUGUCGGCGACGAGUUGCCGAAGAUUCCAGAGGAGUUGUCGGAAGAAGGAAAAGACUUCUUGUCCAAGUGUUUCGUCAAAGAUCCCGAGAAAAGAUGGACGGCUGAGAUGCUUUUAAACCAUUCGUUCGUAGCCGUUGAUUGCGACGAUGGCCAAAAAGAAGAAUUCUUUAUGAAGGUGAAGGAGGAGGAAGAAGAAGUAUCGACGUCGCCGAGAUGCCCUUUCGGAUUUCCAGAUUGGGAAUCUGUCUCGUUGGAUUCAGACACGCAAUAUCAGCCGUUGGAUUCUCCGGUGGAGAGAUUUGAGAGUUUGGUCACUGAAUCAAUGAUGCCUGAUUGGUCUGUCGCCGGAGACUGGGUCAACGUACGGUGA